AUGUGGAAAUUAAUAUUUUCAAAACCAUUCAAUAAUCAUCUUAUAAACACAAAUAAACAUAAUACUUAUUUAUUGUCGUGCAUAAUACAAUCUUUUUCAACAUGUAAUGCACUCUACGCAAAAAAAGAAAGCCCUUCAUCUCCAUCAAAAAAAUCAACCUCACCUCCUAACACUAUCCAAGCCACAAUGUCAAUAUCUGCCGCACCAGCAGGCACAGUACUUCAGGGUAUUAAUUACUUGAAAGAUGGCACGGAUCCAAUUGCAUUGCCUGAUCAUGAAUAUCCGGAAUGGUUAUGGGAAAUACUGGAUGAAAAGAAACAAAACGAAUGGGCUAACGAUCCAACUAGUCGCCAAUUUCUUCGGAAAAUUCGACGUGAUAAGAUUCGUGACGCAAAUUUCGAUAAAGAUAAGAACAAAUAG